GUAGUUGAGGAAAUAGUGUGCCAUUUUUUUGUCCACGUAGUCAUGUUUGUUAUGCACAGAGAAUGUGUAGGUUUCUGACGCUACAUAAAUGCAAUAUGUCAGUUUAUGGUAGAUUAACAUUUUGAGCAGUUUCUACUGCCUUAUUUGAAUGUUGUCCUGACGUGGACUAGUUUGAGUAAAACAUGAAAGUAAAAGUAGCCUCAUAGUUCGUGUUUAUGUCUAUUGACCAGCAUUGUUUAGGAUAAACUUGUGUGUACCUCUGUUGUGCAAAUCACGCCACAGUUACAUAUUUCAGCAUUCUGGUAUUGCAAUUCCAGUUUGCUGAUGAACUUAUCUUGCCGUCUCGUGUAAUAUAACUUAUUCGGACUUGCAUCGGCGCUCUUAUCAACACGGAAAUUGCCUGGAAAUCACUAAGAACUAGAAAAAGGCCGCUGAAUUGGCUGCGCAUUACGGCUUCUUAUGGAAAUGGAUCUGCAAGCGUAUUUAAAACGCAUUGGUUACUCAGGAUCUGUCAAGCCAACUCUGGAAACUUUGCAGCAGGUACACCGCUGCCACAUGCUGACAGUGCCCUUCGAGAGUCUCACCAUUCACAGUGGCGGCAAGGUUGAAAUGGAACUCCAAUGGCUGUACGAAAAAGUAGUCGUGCAGCGCCGAGGAGGGUUUUGCUACGAAAAUAACGGUCUGUUCUCCUGGCUCUUGACUCAGUUGGGAUUCCAAGUAACUAUACUCGCAGCUCAAGUGAGAAACCGAUUCACGGGUUUGUUUGGGCCCCCAUUUGAUCACAUAAUCAUGAUGGUGACGCUUGAGGGCCAGAGGUGGUUAUGUGAUGUGGGCUUUGGUGCUUGCUAUGAGCUACCCCUCUCUCUUGAAACACCCAGUCCUCAAAAGCAGGUUCAUGGAGUCUUCCGGCUGAAGCAUCAAGGAGAUAUGAUCUUUCUUGAGAGCAGUGCAGAAGCACAAGGUGAUGUGCAAGGUGGAGUGAAAGAUGCAACCCUUGGAGGUGAGAUAAAUUGGACAGCGCUCUACAAAUUCACCCUUCAGCCUCGACAGUGGAAGGAUUUCAUAAAUAUGUGCGAGUACCACCAGACCUCUCCCAGCUCUCUCUUCUACUGCAAGUCUCUCUGCUCGCUGCUUUUGCCCCAUGGCAGGAUCACGUACAUGGGCUAUAGACUGUUGGUCACCACUUACCCCGCAGAAGAUGGAUGCCCUGUGGUAAAAACCACACAAGAUCUGACUGAUGAUGAGAUUCCAGGAGUACUAAAAGACCAGUUCGGAAUUGAGCUUUCUUCUCCACUCACACCAAAGGAUGAGAACAUUGUGCCUCCCUCAGUCAAGUACUAACAAUGCCACUGUUUAGUGGUUAACACAACAUAUAUUUGUGAACAGUACCAUCACAAUAUACAUUUGUGAACAGUACCAUCACGUCAGUAUACAUUCCAGCACUAAGGGUCCAUUUACCUAUAGAGAAGCCAAAGUUAAUAAUGCUUUAUAUUGUAUAAUUAAAUACAAUUUAGUCUUGUAAUUAAAUACCAAAUAAAUAAAUCACAGGUUCUUGUCAAAUAAUGUAACAGCCACAAAUGGAAAGAGUUGUAUAACUGUUGCUGGAACUUCCAUUGGUGACCAUUUUAGUCUAAAAAUUUGACAUGGCCUCUUAAAAUGACCAUGAACCCUAUUUUUAACCUUUUAGAAUACAAAAUAGAAAUAGAUCUACAAGAUAUAUAUCUAUAUUUUACAAAGAUGAUUUAGUUUUGUUGGUCUUUACUCACAUUUUGAAUUACAAUAUAGAAGCACCUUUACACAAACUAGUGACAAUUUGCUUUAAUAAAUUAAUAUACAGACAUUUUUAGAAAUGUA